AUGCACGCCCUCGCGUUCAGCGCCGCGCUCCUGUACACCGCGCUCACCGCGUCCGCCAAGCCCGCCCCCGGCCUGCGCGCACGCCAGUCGAUCACCGCGCUCUCGACGGCGCAGAUCGACACGUUCACGCCGUAUACGUGGUAUGCGAGCGCGGGGUACUGUGCGCCGGCGGCGACGCUCGCUUGGGAUUGCGGCUCGGACUGCGAGGCGAACGCGGAUUUUGAGCCGGUUGCGUCGGGAGGGGACGGGGAUACGACGCAGUAUUGGUUCGUUGGCUACGACCCGUCGCUGGACAGCGUGAUUGUGUCGCACCAGGGCACGGACGUGGACGACAUCCUACCGCUCAUAACGGAUGCGGACAUUGUCAUGACCACGCUCGACUCGACCCUCUUCCCCGGACUGUCUUCGGAUAUUGAGGUCCACUCGGGCUUUGCAGACGCACAGACCCAGGCCGCGACGGACGUCCUGUCCGCCGUACAGACCACCAUGUCGAAGUACAGCGCGAGCAAGGUCACAAUCGUUGGACAUUCACUAGGCGCUGCGAUCUCCCUCCUCGACGCCGUCUACCUCCCGCUCCACAUCUCCGACGCGACCUUCACCUUCGUCGGGUACGGCCUGCCCCGGGUCGGGAACCAAGCCUUCGCGGACUACGUCGACGCCCAGUCGACCUCCGUCACGCACAUCAACAAUGAGGAAGACCCGGUACCGAUCCUGCCGGGCAUGUUCCUCGGCUUCGUGCACCCGUCUGGGGAGGUGCACAUCGAGGACUCGGGCGAGUGGGCGGCGUGUCCCGGCCAGGAUAACCCGAGCACAGAGUGCAUCGUUGGGGACGUACCGGAGCUCUGGGACGGCGAUGAGUCGGACCACGACGGGCCGUAUAACGGGGUCGAAAUGGGGUGUUAG